GGCGCACUGCAGGGAGGCGGUACUGAGGAAGCCCCUGCUCACACACUGCGGCUUGGUGGGACACGGCAGCCGGAGGGAGAGCGCGGGGUCCCGGGGAUCUGUGCGGGCGGGAGAGCGGCACACUGCUUAUUCCUGGAAGGACACGGGGCCGGGAGCCGAUGGGAAGAGGUAUCAUCUCCAUUAGGAGCUCACUGAGGGGCUGUGAGUGCAGGAAGACCGCAGAAGUGUCCGGGAAGUUUGCUGAGGAGCAGUGAAGUUCCAGGGAGGCGGUUGGAGUGGGAUGCAUUGCAGCAGAAGAGGGGCUCGUUUGACAUAGGGUAGUAUUUGGGUGGUUGCAUAACAAUUGUGGUGAGUGACACCCUCAUUGGCAUCACCCCCAUAAAUCUGCCACUCAUCAUCAUCUUCACUGCUUGUGAGCAGCAGAGCUGGAGUCAGUGGGAGAGGAGCUCUGCUGUCAGGUAUUGGGCUGUGAUUAGUGCCCCCCCCCCCCCCCCCCCAAUCCAUUCCCAGGGUGCCUGCAGGUGAGUUGUAGAAAUUAUUGGGGUGACCUUCCUGAUUAGAGUCCCCCAUUCAUUCUCUGGGGGCAGCACUUAGUGCACGCAGACGCCUUGUGGUAGAGGUUUUUGGGGUGCCCCUUCCUUCUGUGUGGACCUACAGCCAGCAUCCUCCUGUGGGAGCUAGAGGUUGCAUUAGGCUCUCCCUAAGGGUGCGACAUGCCCUGGCUGACCUCCGUCUGCACCUCGCUCACCUCCUCCCUGUGACCCUCCCUUCUUCAAUCAACCGCAUCCGGCUUCCUAGUCUCCGGCCGCAGGACUCAUAGAAAAUGUUAAAAGCCGUUUUAAAGAAGAGCCGAGAGGGUGUGAAGAACAACAAGAAUCAAGCUGAAGAGAACACACAGCAUGUUUUAUUCACCGGUAAUGUGGAUUAUCCAGUCGGCAGUUCGGGCAUCCAGGAUGAUUUCUACAAAAUGGGCUUUUCCAAGGGAGUUUCUGUGUCAUUGCCGUCAUCUCCUCUGCUGCCCCGCCAGUCAUACGCCAUGCAGCAAAGAGCCCCCAAGAAGUCACCAGGGCCAAUGAGGAAGCCCAAGUAUGUGGAGAGUCCGCGGGUGCCAGGAGAUGCAGCUGUGAUGCCAUUGAGAAAAGUCUCCGAGCUGCCGGACUCCGAGCACAAUGCAGCUCUGGAUAAGAACUCAGGUUGUUCUCCUGCUGCUCAGGAGCUCAUGACGAGACUGGGAUUCUUGUUGGGCGAAGGGAUUCCAAGCUCUGCUCGAGUAUCCAUGGACGAGAAGAAUGACGCUAUGUGUACAGUGACAAGUCACGGGAUAAGUCCCUGCUCGACGCUGACAAACAGCACGGCCUCCCCGAGCACUGCCAGUCCCUGCUCCACGCUGAACAGCUGCCUCAGUAAAACUGCCCCGAACAGGACUAGUCCCAGUGGAACCAUCAGCAGCCCCAGCUCCACCCUGGAGAGCAAAGACAGCGGCAUUAUAGCGACAAUCACAAGCUCAUCGGAGAAUGACGACCGCAGUGGAUCCAGCCUGGAAUGGAGCAAAGAUGGCAGCUUGAGGACAGGAGGCCACCCGGGAUUAAUUCAUGAGCGGAGAACGGACAAUUGCUCGCCGGUAGUAGAGGAGGAAACCUGUGGUGUUGGAGAAAAUUUGCCAAAAACUGACCCUUUGACUGGGGAAGGCCCAGUCUCCUACAUGCAGAAUUCCAGCUCUUUAGUAAUGCAGCGACCAAACUCUGUGGCAGCUACGAGUUGCACAAAACUGGAAGACUUGGGUUAUUUAGACGCCCAGAGAAAUGCACCACUGCGGACGUCAAUUCGGAUGCCCUGGCAUAACGCAGCAGGGACCCGCGUACAGCAGGAAAUCAAAGCUCGCUUUGUCCCCUACAAGCCACAGGACAUUCUGCUGAAGCCGCUGUUGUUCGAGGUGCCAAGUAUAACAACAGACUCAGUGUUUAUUGGAAGGGGCUGGCUCUUUCAGGAGAUAGAGGAAAAGUUGAGUUGCUCAGAGCUGCCCGAGAACCGGGGAGUCGUGAUUGCUGGCAGUGUCGGAUUUGGAAAGACGGCAAUAAUUUCUAAGUUGGUGGCGCUCAGCUGUCAUGGAACUCGUAUGAGGCAGAUUGCAUCAAAUAGCCCUUGUUCAUCUCCCAAAGGCAGUGACCAUGCCCCGGAGAUUCCCCUGUCUCAGACGUCUCCGCUUAGCCUCAGUAUGUGCGUUGCAAACACCAUGAAAACCCUGGGCUCUCCUGGAAGUCCGGAGCACCAAAAGAUGAUGGAUGAUUCACUCAAACAUCUGGCUUCGAAGGUCGUCGCUUAUCAUUACUGCCAGGCGGAUAACACAUACACUUGCCUGGUGCCGGAGUUCGUGCACAGUGUGGCCACUCUAUUGUGCCGCUCACAUCAGUUGACUGCCUUUAGAGACCUUCUUAUCAGGGAACCUCACUUACAGAGCAUGCUCAGCCUGCGGUCUUGCGUACAGGACCCUUUGACCGCCUUUAGAAGAGGGGUCCUGGAGCCAAUGACAAACCUUCGUCGAGAGCGGAAGAUUCCAGAGGAAGAGUUCAUUAUCUUGGUGGAUGGUUUAAAUGAAGCGGAGUUCCACAAACCGGAUUAUGGCGACACCAUCGCUUCUUUUGUAGGCAAAAUAAUCCCGUCAUUUCCAUCCUGGAUAAAGGUUAUUAUGACGGUGCGCUCUAAUUUCCAGGAAAUAACAAGUUCACUGCCCUUGUCCAAGAUUUCCUUAGAUGAUUUCCCCGAGAACAAAGACAUUUACAAUGACCUGACAGCCUAUAUACAAUACAGACACAGCACUAGCCAGGAAAUCGCAAACAAUAUCUCUUUAAAUGGGAAAACAGAUGCCUCCAGCUUCGGCAAACUGUGCGAUCACUUGGUGAUGAGGAGCCAGGGGUCUUAUCUCUACCUGAAGCUAACCUUGGAUCUAUUCGAAAGGGGCCACCUGGUGAUCAAGAGUUCAAGCUAUAAAGUGGUGCCAGUUUCCGUCUCGGAACUUUAUUUGCUCCACUGCAACAUGAAGUUCAUGACAAAUUCGGCCUUUGAGAAAGCACUUCCAAUCUUGAACCUGGCCCUGGCCUCACUGCACCCCAUGACGGAUGAACAGAUAUUCCAGGCCAUCAACUCCAGGAGCGUCUAUGCCGAACAAAACUGGAAGGACUUUCAGCAGCGCAUGGAACUCCUCUCCUGCUUUCUAAUCAAGAGAAGGGACAAGACGCGCAUGUUUUGUCACCCGUCCUUUAGGGAAUGGCUGGUAUGGCGGGCUGAUGGAGAGAGCGCACAGUUCUUAUGUGAACCACGAAGCGGACAUGCCCUCUUAGCGUUCAUGUUUUCUCGUCAAGAAGGGAAAUUAAAUCGCCAACAGACCAUGGAACUGGGCCAUCAUAUCUUAAAAGCUCACAUAUUUAAGGGACUCAGUAAGAAAAGCGGAAUAUCUUCCAGCACUCUGCAGGCCCUGUGGAUCGGAUACAGCACGGAUGGUUUGUCAGCGGCUCUCGCCUCUCUGAGGAACUUGUACACCCCGAACGUUAAGGUGAGCCGACUUUUGAUCUUAGCCGGCGCCAAUGUCAACUACAGAACCGAGGUUUUAAACAACGCCCCUAUAGUGUGUGCCCAGGCUCACCUUGGCCACGAGGAGAUGGUCAGCCUUUUGCUGGAAUAUGGAGCCUUUGUGGACGGGGCAUCAGAAGGCGGGAUGACGCCUUUGUGCUAUGCAGCGGCUUCUGGACACUUCAGCAUUGCUUCUCUUCUUUGCAAAAAAGGAGCCAAGGUGGAUCACAUAGACAAGAAGGGGCAGAGCCCUCUGGUGCACAGCGCCCUGAGAGGCCAUUGCGACAUCCUCAAGUAUUUACUGAAUUGUGAGUGGACGUCCUCUAGCCAGCAGCCAAAUUAUGUGAGAAGAAGUCACGCCCUUCAACAGGCACUGACCGCAGCGGCCAGCAUGGGACACACAGAGGUGGUGAAUUGCCUUUUGAACCACGAUGAAGAUUACCCGAUAGACAUCAAUGAGAACGAUACGCUGUGGGGAGAGACAGCUCUUACAGCAGCUGCAGGACGGGGGAAGCUGGAGGUCUGCGAGCUGCUUCUUGACCAUGGAGCCAUCUUGUCCCGUGUAAACAGACGUGGCAUCUCUCCUCUGUUUUGUGCCGUACGUCAAGGACAUUGGCAGGUUGCCAGGCUGCUCAUGCAGCACGGCUGUGAUGUGAAUCUGUGUGACAAGCAAGGCAGGACUCCUCUCAUGGUCGCUGCGUGUGAGGGCCAUUGUGGUACCGUGGAGUUCCUUCUGUCCGAGGGGGCAGACAUUGCAGCUUUGGACAAAGAAGGGUUGACCGCCCUCAGCUGGGCUUGCCUCAAGGGCCACAAGGCAGCCGUCCAGUGCUUGGUAGAAAGAGGCUCUGCCAUUGACCAGAUGGACAGAAAUGGCCGCACUCCGCUGGAUCUGGCUGCUUUCUAUGGAGACGCUGAGAUUGUGCAGUAUUUGGUUGAUAAUGGAGCCAUGAUUGAACAUGUGGACUACAGUGGGAUGAGACCUUUGGAUCGAGCGAUCGGCUGUCGAAAUACUGCAGUUGUCGUGACCUUGCUCCGAAAAGGAGCCAAAUUAGGGAAUGCAGCAUGGGCAAUGGCAACUUCCAAGCCAGAUAUCUUAAUUAUCCUCCUUCAGAAAUUAAUGGAUGAAGGCAAUAUAUUGUACAGAAAGGGAAAGAUGAAAGAAGCGGCGCAGAGGUAUCAGUACGCACUUAGAAAGUUUCCUCGAGAAGGAUUAGGAGAAGAGAUGAAAGCUUUUAAUGAGCUGCGCGUCUCCCUCUAUUUGAACAUGUCCAGAUGUCGCCGAAAAAUGAAUGAAGAAGCAAGUACAGCACUCUCCCAAAUACAGGAUCACUCACUUAUCUAUUGUGAUGGGAAGGGGCCUCAGGACUUUGGCAUGGCGGAGGAGUUUGCAACCAAGGCACUAGAGCUGAAACCAAAGUGCUAUGAAGCUUACUAUGCAAGGGCGAGAGCAAAACGAAACAGCAGGCAAUUUAUUGCUGCUCUUGCCGAUCUCCACGAGGCUUUGAAAUUGUGUCCCAACAACCAGGAAAUUAUACGACUCUUAUCCCGUGUAGAAGAAGAGUUCAAACAGCAUCAGAGGUCCCAACAGCAGAAGCAAUUCCAGCCGCCACCACCACCAAGCCAUGACUCUGAUCAAGAGGAUGAGGCUAUUGAAGAAACAAUGGACAGCCAUUUGAAUUUAGAGGAAAUUCAAGAGGAAGAAUGUCCAACUUCUGAUAAAUUCCCAGGGAACUCAAAACCACAAGAUUUGGCUAACAAUAAUAGGUUGCAGGAGCACAGUAAUCAAAAAUACACUUCUGAGGCUUCUGAAGAACUUCAAGGGAAAAAUAUAUGCCUACAGCAAGUGUUAGUACAAAGACCAACAAAACAGGCACAGAUAGUGAAAACCAAUCAGCACAUGAAUUCCUUGCAAUCCAUGUCGAGGUCUGGGAACAGUUUUUCUACUCCAAAGAAUUCAGUUCCUUCUAACUUGGUACCUUCAAGUCCACUUCCAUUGAGACAGUUUUCCAACCAAGAGAGUUUGAGAGGUCCUAGUGCAGAUGCAUCUCAUUCUGUAUCAGGAUCUCAUGGUCCUGUGUACAGUGAGAAGCUUCCAUCUGGACACGUCGCCCACAAGCAGCCGGGAGAAGUUUCGCAGCCAUACAAGUCCUCUGGUUCCUUUGUUUCUAAAAUGGCAGAAAGAUAUGUGGGCCUCUCUCCACCUCGGGAGACCCAAUCAACUGAUAAACAGAUUGUGACGGAAAGCAAAAGGAUAACCUCACAUAGCUUGACUUCCAGCAGUAGUUUUUCUGAAGGUGUUAAAGGACCUGAUGUGCGAAGCAAAGAAAAUAAGACCAGCCAAACCCUUAGUGCGACUGAGCAUAGACCACGCAACAUACCAUUUAUGGGAAUCAUGGACAAAACCGCCAGAACCUUCCAGCAGAACACGCAGUCUGGUCGAAGUUGGCAAAACCAGACAAUGGAUGUAAACACCAACCCUCCUGGAAGUAUUCAGACUGGCAAUUUUGAGAAGUUCUCUACCAGGCAGGCAAAUACUUACGGAAAUCAAAACAAAACCAUGCCAAAUGUAUAUGGAGGCCUCACCCAAAAUGGGGUUUACUCUAAGGACACUGAGGAAGGAAAGAGCCAAACAUCCAGCCUCACCCAGGAUCUUAGAGUGUCCAAGGCGGUCAACCAGUCAUACCAAGAAGCCAUGUUGAGGUCCCAGUCUCUUCUGGUUAAAGACUCGAAUUUAAGCUCAUUGUCCUCUACUAAACCAAAGCGAUCUUUCAUAGAAUCGAAUGUGUGAUCCGCAGAUUUAAGAAAAACUGACAGUGACAAGUCAUUAUAUAUCGUGUAGCUUCAUGGGGGCAACUUCAAUCUGCGGGGGCUCAAAUGAGCAUCAACUUCUUUGCUGUACAAAUGGUCGCACUCAUUUAACCAACAUGAUUUAUUGUUGACUGCUUGGAGAAGCAACUGUAAAGUGAAAUUCUCGUUACUGGUGGAAAUCAUUCCCACAUUCUGGUUACCGCGGUCAUCCUAUUCAUGGAAAGACGAACAUAUCCUGGAAAUAAAACAUUAACUCAGUUUCAUCUUUUAUAUGAACAUGGCUGAAACAGGAGCGAAGAUGUAGCCAAAUAGUUGUAGAAGAGGCUGCUGGUCAGUGUCAAUGGACAUCACUUUGGGUUUGGAAUCGGAUUCAUAGGAAAUAAACUGAUCUAUGUUCCAUAUGUUUCACUGCCGGGUGCAGUCCCAACAACUCUGGAGGAACUUUCCGCCACUUUGGUUUUCAGAACAUUACCAAAUUAUAAUGUACAAUGUGUACUAAACUAAAACGAUAACUUUGCCUUGACGGAAAAAAAAUAUCACCCUUUAUGCCUUCAACAAUACUAUGUAAGCAAAUGUACUGUAACUAACGGCAACCAGAUACAAACCUCCUUUAUAAUGUUUGUCCUUAUAAUGGAUCAGAAGGUGUAUCUUCAUAAUUGCAUUAAAAGAUGCUAUAACAUAGGACUUUCUAUUAUACCAGCAACCCGUAUGAUUGCCAUGUUGCAGAACUGCGCUAUUUCCUUUUACCUGGUGCAUGAGUAAAAGGUGCUGUAAUCCACAAUGGCUAGAUUUGCCACGACUGAAACGUUAAUGGCUUAUCCUUAGGAUAGGUCUUUUGUGUUUGAGCAGUGGGAGCCCGACCCAAGAAUAAUUAAUUAGAAUGAAGGUGGCAGUUGAUGGCGCCCUUUUAUUCUAAUGUUCGACAGGGGGUUGGAUCCUAAGGAUAGGCCAUCAGUGUUUUAGUCCUGGAAAACCCCUUUAAAGGGCUUGCGCAAGAACGGGAGAGGUGGGGGUUAGCAGACCUUCCUACUUAGGCUACUUUCACACUAGCGUUCAGGGCUCCGCUUGUGAGUUCCGUUUGAAGGCUCUCACAAGCGGCCCUGAACGCAUCCGUACGGCCCUAAUGCAUUCUGAGUGGAUGCGGAUCCGCU